GCCAUUUUAAACAUGGGUGCGAGGCGGGGUGGGGAAGGGGGAGGCAGAGGUGUUGGGUUCGUUGUCAAAUUAGCUACACCUUCUUUUUCCGCGGGGCCGGCCUCUGGGAGCGAGCGAGCCCCCCGAAAGGCCGGCAGGCAGGCUGCGCUGGGUCGCGUACUGAUCGGCGGGGCUUGAUCUCGGGGGCCUCCAUUGAGGGGAGCGCCGCAAGGAGGGGGAAAGCGUUGGCCGCCGCACAGCCCGCAGCCGGGAGGGUGGGGGGGGGAAAGGGUAGCGGUGGCGGCGGCGGCGGCGAGGAGCAGCCUGGCUCGGUUGGGUUCAUUCGUCCUUACCGCCCCGCCUUUGGGUGGCAGGCAGCGCAGCGGCCAGAGCGAGCCCGCCGGCGGGACUGCAGCGGCCUCUUCUGCCUCUUCUCGUCUGCCGCGAGCGGCCGAGAAGCUGCCGCCGCCGAACACAAUAAAAGGAGGCGGUGAAGAGAAGGCAGCCGGCAACGCUUCCCUUUCGCGCUUCGUAGGCCCGGCCGGGCUGAGGGGCCCUUGAAAAGGCACCCCCCCACACACCCUCUAUCAUACCCGGCUCCUCCAGCCAGUCGCUGGGAAGUCGGCUGGAGGAGGCAAGGCGGCGGCGGCGGGUGCAGGCCGAAGGGAGAGGCCUAGUGUGCCGUACCCUGCACCUCUGAGAAGGCGCCUGGGCCAGACCGAGGAGGAAAGGCGGCGAGGGGGGAAAAAGGCUGGUCGGCGCGAUGGUGUGAAACGAGAUCAGCGGCUGAGCGAAGAUGGCCGGUGGUGGCGGCGUCGGCGGGGGUAGAAACGUAGGGAAUAUCCGGCAGCCGGGCUUUCUUCUCGAGGCUUUGGAUAAAUCACAGUCCAAGCGGGAUGGAGGUUUUAAAAAUAACUGGAGCUUUGAUCAUUCAGAAGAAAGUGAAGGAGAUACAGAGAAAGAUGAAGCCAAUUUGCUGUCAUUUGAUGAAAGUGAUGGAACUUGCAGUCCCAAUGGUGAAAGAAAACCAUGUCGCCAUCGCUUUGGAGCCAGAAAUGAUGCCUUAAGGACAUACAGCAGACGAAACAAAAGUGACACUCCUGGAACUUUAAAAAGCACCCCAACUGGACUUAACAUAUCGGGAAGCGGCAAGAAUAUAUGGUGUGUAAAUGCUGAAAAUAGAUCCUGUUCAGAAUCAGAAGUAAGGCCAGACGUUUCUGUCCUCACACACAAAACACGAGUAAAAACAGCAGCACAAAAGAAAGAAUACCCCGAUAAUAUUCCAAAGGUGGAUAACAAUUGCAAUAAAUGGUCUCAGCUUCAGGAGAUGAAAAGAGUGAUGGAGAACAGAGAUGAGUCUGGUUCAGAGUCAGAGUCAGUAAUUACAAGGAGGGUACAACAGAAACGGCAAUAUCAGGCUGGUUUGCUUCCAUCUCCUGCCACCAAAACUAAUGCAACCCACAUAGAGGGCUUGGAUAGUUAUUCCAGAAUUUGCCUAUGCAUUGGAAAAACAAAUGAAAGUGAGACUGAAUGCCAGCUUUCUGGAGUUUUUAAAGGCUUGCCAAGACAAUCCACGCAAACCAUGCCUUUACAUGAUAAUUUGGCACGAGAAUCGAUACAUGACAGUUCAACAGAGCAACAUUCUUUAAACACAGGAUUAAAUGCAAAAAAGUUUUAUGGAUCAUCUCCUGGUACAGUUUCUACGGACCUCAUGGUGAGGCGCAACAUAGGCCCUGCUAUGUUACGGCCAAAUGGAAAAGUGGGUUCUAAAAUGACUGGACAUUUACGGCAGAAGACAACAGCAUCUGAGUUAAAUGAUCCAAUUGUGCUCUCCAGUGAUGAAGAAGAAGAUCAGAUUGGUGUCACUAACAGAAUGGAGAGCAUAUCACCACGGCCAGCAGAUUUAGCCUGUUCUUCUCCUGCACCUUCCACAGGAAAAGUGGAAGCAGCCCUGAAGGAAAAUACUUGUGAACUAGAACAAAGGCUAACUGCCAUUACAGCAGAAACCGAAUCUACAGUAGCAUUACCAAGAAAAGCAAGAAUGAAAGAUCAGUUUGGCAACAUUGUAUCCAACGCUCCUAUAAAGCGUCGAAAAGUUUUCCCCCAAGAAGCUGUGACUGAUGUCAUAAUACCUUCAAAAUAUCAGAACUCUUAUGAAAGUGUCAUAUUAAACUGUCGGAGUAUAAGAAUAGGAACUCUGCGAAAAAUGGUGAUGGAUCCUGUAAUUUUUUGUUUAGACUAUAUUGAGAUACGUUUGGAAGAGUCAGAAAAUGAUACUAGAGAUAUUAAUUUAAAAACGUCUGAACUUACAAAGUGUGAAUGGUGUGGUGUACGCAAAUUGCCAGUGGUUUUCUUGCAAACUGUACCUGCUGCCUGCCAAAGUUUAAGAUCACAUCUGAAGAUGAAUAGGGAAAAAGAUAAUGUCUGGUAUGAUUGUAAAGGAGCAAAUCCAGAGGAACAAUACAUUAUUUUAAUUUUUGAGACAAGUCUUGAUCCUCAUGCAAAUGCAAUAUUUGAAAAAUUAAUAACCGAAAUUGGUAUCAGGAACAACAUUUCUGAAUUUUUUGUGAAAAUUACGUUUGAAGAAGCAAACAGUAGGCUUGUGGCCUUUACAAAAUCUUUUGAAGAUACUAGAGGAAGCAGUGUCCCUAAAGAAAGCAAAACAAAACAUGUUGUCUCUGAUUCUAAAAUGCAGCUGCAAAAUGCAACACAGUUCCAGUUCUUUGAAGAUGAUGAAAGUGGAGAGCCACAUACCGUCUUCAUUGGUCCCAUAGAAAAGUUGAUAGUUUAUCCGCCUCCUCCAGCAAAAGGGGGUAUUUCUGUCACCAAUGAAGAUCUUCAAUGUUUAAUUGAAGGAGAAUUUUUAAAUGACGUAAUAAUUGAUUUUUAUUUAAAGUAUCUGGUGCUAGAAAGGUUAAAAAAAGAAGAUGCAGAUAGGAUUCAUGUGUUCAGUUCCUUUUUUUACAAACGCCUUAAUCAAAGAGAGAGAAGGAACCUUCAAGAAACUUCAAAGCUCACAAUUCAGCAGAAACGGCAUGGCCGAGUAAAAACAUGGACACGACAUGUUGAUAUUUUUGAAAAAGAUUUUAUUUUUGUUCCUCUUAAUGAAGCUGCCCACUGGUUCUUGGCUGUCAUCUGUUUUCCAGGUUUAGAGAAGCCAAUAUAUGAGGCUAACCCGUUUUACCAGGAAAAUGUACCUCCACAGGUUAAGUCGUCUUCUUUAGAUCAAGAUAGAAGUGCUUCAUCUCCUGUAUGUGCGGAAAUGGAUCUAUUGCCGCAGUCCCCUCUAACAAGGAAAUUGUUCAGCAAAAAACAUAUGGCAGAAUUAACUGACACAAACACGGAUUCGGAGGAGAGUGAACCAUUAUACUGCAAAAGAAACUCUUCUGAGAAAAGUGGCUUUAAAAAACUAAAUCAUUUGAACAGCACUGUAGAGGAAUUCAGGACUAUGGAACCCAUAUGUCCUAAACAUGAUCCGAAAACUUCAGAGGCAAAUGGAAUGCAAAAUGAACAUAAAAUUCAUAUCCAAGCUAGUGAUGGUUUACAGAAAAUCAGGCUAAACUGUAGCGAAAAAUCUGCUGACAGCAAUAAACUAAAUGAAGAUGAGCUCAUAGAUUUUUCAGAAGACCAAGAUAACCAGGAGAAUAGUAGUGAUGAUGAUGGUCUUGCUGACGAUAACUGUAAUUCAGAAUUAGGACAGUGGCAUCUAAAGCCGACCAUAUGCAAACAAUCUGAGAAAACGAUUUGCCUAAGGCCUUGCAUUCUGCUCAUGGAUUCACUAAGAGGCCCUUCCCGAUCAAAUGUUGUCAGAACACUAAGGGAGUAUUUGGAAGUAGAAUGGGAAGUAAGGAAAGGGAGCAGACGAAGUUUCUCCAAAGACGUCAUGAAAGGCUCAAACCCCAAAGUGCCACAACAGAACAAUUUCAGUGAUUGUGGAGUUUAUGUUUUACAGUAUGUGGAGAGCUUUUUUGAGACUCCUAUUCUAAGCUUUGAAUUACCAAUGAAUCUAACAGACUGGUUUCCACGUCCAAGAAUGAAAACAAAACGAAAAGAAAUAAAAAACAUAAUCCUGAAUCUACAAGAACAACAAAACAAAGAAAAGAAGGGGCAGAAAGACAGUAAUCUAACAGAGAAAUAUUUUCCGGAACGAACAGAAUUUAUCAGCAGCUGAAUCUUUUGUCAUAUGUUAGCCAUACAUCAAUUUUUUUAAAAAAAAGGGAAAAAAACACUCUGAAAUUUACUUGUCUCUACCAAAACAAAGGACUUCUAGUAUUAUCAGUAAGUAAACUUACUGUUAAGGAUAUAAAUCCAAUUCCCCCAAUGUAUUAAGUAGAAUAAUCUGUAUAUAUGUUGAUUAGGCCAACUUUUUUCAAUCUUUGUAAUUAUGUUUUUCACUACUUAACCUUUGUUAUGUGUUUCCGUUUAUAGAACUUAAUAGCAAAUUUUAGACACAAAUAAAUAAAAUAUUUACAGGAUAAAUUGGUUAACCUUUUUCUGUGUUAAGUAAAAUGAUCAUUGAAUAUUUCCCAGUAAGACUUCUAUAUUGCAUGGGGAAUGCUUAUGUAGAAAGGUAAUCAAAUUCAUAUUUUAAUUUACAAUUGCCAUUACAAGAUGCUUCAGAAAUGUGCAAAAAAAAAAUUAAGAAUAUGUCUAAAUGCAUUGUGUUUCCAAGGUGAGUGGUUUGCAUUUAAAACCAAGUGCAGGCAAUGCAAUAUUCAGCAACAAAUGCUUCAGAUACUGGGAGAAGUAACUUCACAAGUACUUAGGAAAUGCUGCUUUCUGAUUGCAAGUCUUACUCAAGCAGUAUUUAAAUAGAGUCUGAAAGGUUGGCUUGAGUAUUUCUGUUAGAUCCUCCUUUAUUAUUUUAUGUGGUUUCUGAAUGUUGUUUAAAUGUAUUUUCACAAUCCUUUCAUUAUAAAAUUGUAUUUUUGGUAAAUGUAGCAGCAAAUUGCCCACCUUAAAUUUUCUGCCAGAAUUCUGAAUGUUGCAUUCAUAUGUGCUUUAUCUAUCUGAACUUUUUUUAAUGUAUGAGUACUAUUUUUUGUAAUGCACAGAAAAACCAAAAUAUUGCUAGACGUCAUUGCUUGCUUGCUUCUUACUUAACUAGAAGUCUCUAAUAAUUCUAAGUCAUCUUGUUGACGUUAUUUCCAUGAUGUAAUUUUAUUUUUAAAGUGUAUAAAAAGACAAUAGCCUUCUUCUACCAACCUCUAAAAAUCCAAAAGGAAACAACUAGGUCCUACUACAUUUUAAAAAUACUCACAAGUUAUUGUCCUCAAAUGAGGAGACUGAAAACACUUUUGCAAAUAUGUGUGUUGAAUAAUGCCUUUGUUAAAAAGAAAUUCUUCUUGUUGGAAAGGAAGAUGCCUUUGAUGUAAUAAAUGAAAAAUAUUGUAGAUGAAACAGGCAAUAUGCCAUUGCAACAUACAAUCCUUUUCACGGUAGAACAUUCUAUGUAGAAAGUAUUAUAUUUGCACCCAAUUUUUACUUUUAUUAUGUUGAUGUCACCUACACAAUAGACAUAUUUUGUACAGGAUCAGAGAUUGCUUUGCCAAAGAAAAAUUCUGAAGAAUACAUCGCUUUAGUCUGCUGCCCUGCAUUUACCUUGUUUAAAUCCUAUAGACUUAAAUGUAACAAUAAUAGGAUUGUAACUUAGUGGCAAAGCUUUCCAUGUUUUCCUCCAUAAAUUAUUUUUAAUAGAUGCACAACAGUAGGGCUCUCAUAACACUAUCAGUAUUAAAAUAAAUGAAUUGAGAUUAUUUGUUCCUACAAAUUAACAUAAAAUCAAUUCUUGGUACUAAGAAAGACAGACAAACAUUUAUUCUACAUUCUCCAGUCCAUGUCUAACAUUUGUCCAAGUAGCAGUAGAAAAGAGAAGCAACAGUAAACAAUGGGUUGAUAACAAAUGUAAUGUACUUAUUUUGAUAUUUUUUUUAGUGUUACUUGAACACAUUGUAGGGAAAUUUUACAUAGCAAAAUGCACAUUCUCGUGCAAGAUUAUUUGUUGCAAUAUUUGGAUUUAUAUGAAAUUAGAUUUUGCUUUUGUUUUUAAUAGGUUGUGGCCUAUCCUAGUUUUUAUUUGUUUGGUUCUGUUCCUGAGAAUGGCCUGGAGCUUGUAUUCCUUUUCAAGAUGUGAAGAAUGCAAUGUUUCUCUCUUAAUAUUAUGGUAAAGGAUCAUUCAUGCAGCAAGCUGAUAAAUAUGUUGACAAAGAUUUAUUUUUUUAAUAAAACAUUAAAAACAA